AGACCACAAGGAUGGGAUCCAUGGCCCCCCCAGAAAGUUGCAAUGGCUGCUGUCUUUUUAGCCACCACCACGACCCUUGCCAUCGAUGUUGGGUGAUCAUAUCACCCUCCUGAAUAAUGGGACGACGGAUGCAGCAACCAGUGAAUGUAUCGUAUCACGUUGGGUAGUUUCAUCGACGAGGACUUAUAUAGAUAAUGCCAGUACCUGUCUUCGUAGGUCUGCUCAUGCACCUUGCGUCUCUCAUAUAGUUUGCAGACACAGAUCUCUAUCCACUGUUUCAGUGGUCCUUGGCUUCUUGAAUACUUUUCCCCGACUCCUUACCGUGACAAUACGUGACGAAACCCCUCGCCGUCUUUAGCCGGUGUCAAUUCAAACAAAAUGGUUGCAAAGAUCGGUAUUAACGGCUUUGGUCGAAUUGGCAGACUGAUCUGUCGAAUUGCUGCGGAACAUGACGGCGUCCAAGUGGUGGCUGCCAAUGAUCCUUUCAUCCAGCCAGCAUAUGCAGCUUACAUGUUGAAAUACGACUCGACCCAUGGUCGCUUCAAAGGGACGAUUGAGGUCGACGGAUCUGACUUGGUCGUCAACGGCCAGCGGAUUCGCUUCUACACCGAAAAAGACCCAGCCCACAUCCCCUGGGGAGAAGCAGGCGCCGACUAUGUUGUCGAAUCGACGGGUAUCUUCAAGAGUCUGGACAAGGCAAAAGCCCACCUCACUGGGGGCGCCCAGAAGGUCAUCAUCUCUGCGCCCUCGCCCGAUGCGCCGAUGUUGGUGCUGGGUGUCAACGAAUCAGAGUACAAGUCCGAGAUGAACAUCGUCUCCAUGGCGUCCUGCACCACCAACUGCCUCGCUCCGCUGACCAAAGUCGUCCACGACCACUUUGGCAUCGUGGAAGGAUUGAUGACCACAGUUCAUUCGUACACUGCGACCCAGAAGACCGUGGAUGGUCCAUCCGCAAAGGAUUGGCGCGGUGGGCGCACUGCCGCCCAGAAUAUCAUCCCCAGCAGCACUGGCGCUGCCAAAGCAGUCACCAAAGUUAUCCCGGCGCUGCAUGGAAAGCUGACAGGCAUGGCUUUCCGCGUCCCGACCCCCAACGUGUCCGUUGUCGAUCUCACGGUGCGCACGGAGAAACCCGUGACGUACGAUCUGAUCAAGCAGACGGUUAAGAGGGCUUCAGAGAAUGAGCUCAAGGGAAUUCUGGCCUAUUCGGAAGAUGAUCUAGUGUCGUCCGAUUUGAACGGCGACACGCACUCGUGUAUCUUCGAUGCCAAAGCCGGCAUCUUGCUGAACGACCACUUUGUCAAGCUGGUUGCUUGGUACGACAACGAAUGGGGAUAUUCCUACCGAAUUGUCGACUUGAUCCAAUACAUGGCAGGCAUUGAUUCUGCCAGAUAA